AUGACCUCUGGUUUCUUCUUGUAUGCAUCAAGGUACGCCGUGCUUGGUGCGGGUUUUGCAGGAAUCUCUGUAGCGUGGCACCUCCUUAAUGACAGUCCAAAGGAUCUGAGAUUAAGUGUCGAUGUAUACGAUGAAAUUGGCAUCGGAGGUGGUGCUUCUGGAGUUUCUGGAGGCCUUCUCCACCCUUAUUCUCCUAAAGGGAAACUACUUUGGCAUGGCGCUGAGUGUUGGAGAGAAUGUUUAGAGCUCUUAAAUGUUGCUGAGUCAUCUUCUUCUUCUUCUUCCAGUUACACAUCUGCUACGGAGAAGGGAGACACUAACGAGAGUUUCGGAAAUUUUAUGGUUCGAAGAAGGGGAAUCUUGAGACCAGCAACAAAUGCCAAGACUUUGGAUUUAAUGAGUGAUAAUGCUCGAAACUGCCUUGCCAGUUGUGUAGUAGAGACUAUUGACAAUGAUGUUGCCCAAGACCUUGUUCCCAAUCUUUGCUUGCCUUUGAACCGCGCCUUCUACUAUCCAGGAGCUAUGAAUGUUAAUCCGCAGCGAUAUCUCCAGUCACUCUUUCUAGCAUGCCAGAACUCAGCAAAAGCAUCACUUGGAAGGCAAAACAUAACUUUGGUGAAGAAAUCUAUAAAUGAUGUGCUCGAACUUGAAGGAGAAUACGAUGCAGUUGUAAUAUGUCUUGGAUCCAAAGUAGACUUUCUUCCUGGGCUUACCGGGAAGCUCCCAUUGAGGACAUGCCGAGGUGUCAUUACUCAUCUGCAGUUACACGAGAGUGCGAGUGGAAGUUACCCGGAAGGUGGACCUUCGAUCUUAUCAGAUGCAUGGCUUGCUGUUCAGGGACCUCGUGAUCUACACAUGGGAUCCACAUGGGAAUGGCAAUCAAGAAACUACUCAUCGGAUGUCUCAGCAGAGGAAGCUUCAAGGGCUCUCGCCGAGCUUCUUCCGAAGGCGAGUGCAGUUUAUCCAGAGAUAGAGAAGUGGGAGCUUGCAGGAGCAAGGGCCGGUCUGAGAGCAAUGCCACCUGUCACGAGCCACGGUUCACUGCCGCUCUUGGGAUGUGUAGAUCAGCUCAUAGGAGGUGGAUCUUGCAAGUUCUGGGUGUUUGGAGGGCUCGGAUCAAGGGGACUACUCUAUCAUGGAUGGCUUGGGAAACUCAUGGCUAAAGCUGUUUUAUCUUGCAAUGAAGAACUAAUUCCUUCUGAACUAACUUCUUGGAAGAGAAAAACAAUUCUGACAAUCAGUUCCACUUUGAAGCUCAAACAAAGCUUGAGAAAGCUGAGGAGUCAUCUUGCAGAAGACCUUGUGGUUCUCCUUGUUCAACCAGGAUUCCGCGAUCAAGGAUCAGGAUGCUGUCCAAAUCAAGAACCGUUGAGAUGCGGUGAGCGAUGGUAA